AAUCAAAAGAUUAAUUGCUAGCAACUCAUUGAUGGGAAGUGGGGACAUUAAAGCAUUUAAUAUAAUGAUAUUUUAUAUCAUUCAACCAAUUGUAUAAUUAGCUCAUUAUCUUAGUCAGCUUACUUAUCAAUGAUAAAUGAAAUCAAUUAGGCACAUUAGAUUUAUUUCACCAUUGACACAUUUCCAUUAAAGACGGUGAUGUGGAGAUUACCCCUUUCUGGGAGUCUUACAACAGAAUCUGUUGAACAGAUGACGAGGGAAACCAUCAAGUCAACUAAUCUAACGGAUAAUUAUAUCAUCUUUUCAUUAUUAACGAUUUAUGUUAUUGGUUUAAGUAACUUACUUUGUAUCUAUUUAUAACUAUGGUCACCAGCGUGCUUCUAAUCAUCUAGUUUCCGUCCAGGUCUAAUCAUCUAACCGUUAGGUUUUGGGUUGAUCCUUAAUUACAGAGCCUCUUCGAUGGAUGGAGUAUAAUUGGUAACAAUACAAUAAAUACUACAAUAAUUUUGUGCUACAUGUAACGAAUAAAGGGGUUUGGUAUAGAUGAUAAUUAAUGUUUCUGGCUGGUUAAAAGAAUUCAACUCUUGGCUCAUUAAUUUUUAAUAAUUUGUGUAAGCUUGAUCAAGAGUUUGUAAAGACUUUAAAAUGUGUUCAGUUUGAGAUCAAUAAUGCUCCCUGGAAACGUUUAGAGAGCUGAAUUUUACACCAAAUCCUGCUUAUUCAUCUAUUCAUCUGAAAAACAAACAAAGGAUAAGAUGAACAAUCCAUUCUGUUCAUAUUUAAAGUUCCAGGGCUGAUACUGAAUCUUAAAAUUCAAUAAAUCAAUCAAAAUCGACUUCCUUGCUGGAACAAAAAUAACGUAAUUCAACUGAACCAUUUGAUGUUACAACUGAUCUUACAAUCUUAAUGUUACAUUGUUAAUGUUAUGCUUAUUCUCGAUGUGUCAGUUGAUACAGAAGUUACAAUUGGAAUUGCCGUUGUAAUUAUUGCAGAUAUGGAUUAAGCUGUUCUCGAUUCUGCUAAUAAUUAUAUUCGCGGUGUUACAUUCAUUUAACUUGAGUAAAUUGGGAAUGUGAAAGAUCUGGCUGGUGAUUGAUUUUGAGAUUAAGAAGCAUUUUCUUGGAAGAAAUCUCCAGUUUUCAUUAGUUCUGUGUAAAUGCUCUAUUUUUCAUGAUCCAUAAAUAAAUAGCUGCUAUAGUUCAGUAUGAUUACUGGCUAAAUGUUAAUCAUACUAGAAAAAGUAAAAAAAUAAAUAGUUCAAUGGACUCUUCAAACAGUAUGAUGAACACAGAAUAUACCGAAAAUAUAUCUUUUGAUGAAUUCGAUUCAUGGGAAAUCUUGUAUAUUUUUUUCUGUCUGCAGCAAAAGAUUCAAAUUCAGGAGGAUUUAUUGGGGUAAAGAUGGAUUUGAAUUGCAAUUCUGUACAUAAAGUAGAUUCAGAAAAAUGAAUAAUUUAUCCAGAGACACAAGAAAUGGAGAUGAACUUACAAGCAAUAAUGCAACUUUGUUUUUAUCCAAGUUUGAAUUUCUUCUUCUGGUUAAAGUGUUCCUGUCAGACUCUAUCGGAUCAACUUGGAAUGAAAUUUCAUCAACAUUAAAACCUAUUGAACUACUAAUGGUAAAAUAUUUCUUAUUGUAAUUUCACAUUUUUAUCCUUCAAAUAGACUGGCUAGUUAACAGAAAUGGCUGAGAUGAGCUGAGAAUGACUUUAUCGUGCUUUAAUUGAAUCAAAAAGUUAUGGAAUCCUGUUUGAACCGAUUAAUGACACAACUGUCGAUGAUACAUUAGACCGUUCAAUUGUGUAUAAUUCAGAACAGUUGACUUGAUGAUUACCAUAAUUUGAGUUGACAUUGGGAAUAAAAAGAUCAAUUAUGGACCAUUUUAAUAGUUUAGAUGACUGGGUUGCAGUAAAACGUGAUAUAUUUUUGAACGAAGGUGAUUUCACUUUUGGUGAUUCGAGUAAAAUAAAAUUUCUUGUUGCUUAUAAUUCAAUUGAGCAAAAACUAGCAAUAACAUGUAUUCAAGGAAGUCGUAAGGCAAGUGAUAUCAAGCCUAAAUCUAUGGCCUGCUGUAUUAGUGUACAAUCUCUGAGAGCAAUUCAUAAUCAGCUGAAAAUUGUGCAUCCAAUUCUUGAUGCUCAUUUUCCAGCGAAUCUCGACGUCUCCGAAGGAUUUUUUCCAAAUCUUUUGGCAACCUUUAGUUAUUAUAUUCUUAGAGCUCAGGAGGAUGUUGACCCAGAAACAUGUAAUGCAAUUGAAAACUACCUCGAAUCAGCAUUAUCAAUCGUUGGAAAGGGACUUCUUAUGGCUCUUCUAUUUGAUGAUGACAACGAUCCUUUGAGUGAUUUCGAAGAAGACAUCCAAGAGUUAAGAUUGAAAGGCUACGAGAAUGUCGUGCAAAGCUCUCUCAGAGACCUGGAGGACGUUUUAAGAUAUCGAGAUCGAGCUCGAAACAUGAAAGAGUUAGUAGCUGUUUACAAACUGGAAGAUGAAGCAAUAUCUGAGUUGUGUGUUGCCAUCUCGGAAAAAUAUAAUUUCCAGCUACAACCUUUUCUGCAACUACGAGAAAUGGCUCAUAAUCACAUCAAGCAAGCUAAGAGUCGUAUUAUUGAUCCUGAUCUUGGAAAUCGUGUUAAAGUCCAAUCACAGAAAGAGUUAGAGGAAUAUAAUGACCAAUUUUUAAGUGCGAAUGGUGCUCUACAGCAUCUAUAUCAAGAAUAUUAUCGAAAAGUCGUUGAACUCAUUUCCAGUCAAAUAACUCGUAUGAAAGAAGACCAACAGCGUUUUGGAAAACUAAAUUUUAAUCUUGAAGGAGGCCCUGUAAGGAUGUUAAAAUUACAAAUUUUGCAUAAUCAAGAAGUUUUGAAACUCAUGAAUACGGUGAAAGCAACUAAAGAAUAUCAUCGAGAUCAAUUGAAGAAGUAUUUUAAGUCACUUGAUGCUGGUGAAAAAUCUACUUUUGAACAAGAACUAAAGCGAGCAGAGCUUGAUAUAAUCAAUACGCGGCUUGAAAUUCUUAUGGAGGAAGAAAAGUUACUCAAGAAAAGGCUUGAUUUAUUGGAGAAUUCAGAAGAUAUAGAUGAUGAUAUUUUUCAUGACGCAGUUGAGGAGGCUCAAAAUGCUAAUCCUGUUGCUGAUGAUAAUCCCUCAAACAAUAGAUAUAGUAAAUCAAGAUUAAUUGAUUUAUUGAAGGAAAAACGCCAAUUAUUAGCUCGUCGUCGCGCUCAUCUUCGUAACAAAAAGACUGCUUUAUUGACUGAACCAAAAGAACCAGAAGAGCAGCUGAAGGAAGAUACAGAUCACCAGACAUUAGAAGAAAGUUCUAGCGAAACCCAAGUAAAACCAAUUACUAAAAAGACACUUUAUUCAAAUGAAGGAGACAAGAAAAGAGAAGAAAUUCACAAAAAAAUUCGUCAGAAAACCUUACAAAGGCUAAAAACAUUCCGAAUGAGAAGUAAAAAUUUCUGUGAUGACGAUAAAUUUUUUGAAGACAAACCAGCAAAUCCUAAUCAAAAUUUACCACCUUACCCAUGGAUUGAUAAUACUAAAAUUUCUGAAGAUACUCCAUUACCUCCUCCACCGGAUCUUGAACUUGAUCAUAUUGAUCAAGAAGCCUCAUGUACAAAAAAUAAUGUGAUUAAUGAUGUGGAAUAUCUUAAGCCUUCUAUAUCCGAGUCCAACGUAAAUAAAUUGAUCGUCAAUAGUGGACAUCAGCCUUCUUCAUCUUGUAAUCAACCAUCAACAUCUCCCUCGACAAUCCCACCUAUUGUUUGUCCACCACCACCGCCGCCACCGCCACCGCCUCCACCUCCACCUCCUCCUCCUGCUCCAUUUUGUUCGCUCUCUAAACAACAAAGAGAUAAAGCAUUCGAAUCGUGUAUGGAAAAAAGUUUGCGGACAAAAUCCAUUGAUAACUGUUCAUCCAAUACUAUUGAUCUUUCAGAAAUAUUAAAUGCCCGUGACAGAUUGAAAAAAUGCCAGCCCAUUACAAAGGAGAUCAGUGAAGCCAGUCAAGUCGCUCAAAAUUUAAUGUUUGCGUUGAACAAAAUAAGAUCUGUUAGAUGUGAUUCCGAUGAAGAAUCAGAUGAAGAUGAAGAUUCAAAUGAUUUCGACUGAUUUUUUGUAGCAAUAUUUUUCAAAUACUACUUACAAGUAAUUUACUUGUUAGAUCAUCGCCUUCCACAUUAACCCAAAAAUUAUUAUGACUAUUUUUUAGCUAAAUAUUUUCUAUUUAGAUGAUGUAAUUAAAUUUAUAAAUAUUGUAAUCUAGAAAUAUAAAAUUGUUUAAAAUCUAUUUAAA